UCGUACCUGUAUUUCUUUCUUCAAAACAAUCCGUUAAGCCCGUUUUGUCAUUUUGCUUUUGGCGUAAUGUCUGUUUUGGGUCGAUAUGCUGUAGGCCGCUUCAUCCAAAGGAUAAAUUCACGUUUUAUACGGUGACCGGAAGUGGGAUUUGUUUACUUUGGAAACCUGACGUCACGCUCUGAGCCGCGUCUUCCUCCUCGCUCGCCGGCGUACAUCUGUCGCCCCCCCAUUGUGUUUUUUCGGAACCGGUCUCUCUCUGGAGGCAUGUCGAGAUCGAGUUCCCCCCCUCCCGCGGCGGAGGCCGGGACCGGGACCGGGACCGAGGAGUGUUUCCCCCCGGGAUACAAGCCCUUCGAGCCCGAGGAGCACGGCCUGGAGCGCGGGUUCCGGCUCACCGCCUUCUCGGAGCUGAAGGGAUGAGGAUGCAAAGUCCCGCAGGAGGCUCUGCUCAAACUCCUGGCGGGACUGGAGCCGGACCGGGGCGAGGGGACGGCCAAGGCCGGGGACCAGGCGCCGGAUUUCGGCCAGCAGUUGCCCGGUCCGCGGCUCGGGGUCGGUAUGGAUAGUUGUGUGGUUCCCCUGAGGCAUGGAGGGCUCUCACUGGUGCAGACCACCGACUUCUUCUAUCCUCUGGUGGAGGAUCCCUACAUGAUGGGCCGGAUAGCGUGCGCCAACGUGCUGAGCGACCUCUACGCCAUGGGCAUCACCGAGUGCGACAACAUGCUGAUGCUGCUGAGCGUCAGCCAGAAGAUGAACGACAAGGACCGGGAGCGGGUCAUGCCGCUGAUGAUCCGCGGCUUCCGGGACGCGGCGGAGGAGGGUGGCACCUCGGUGACGGGCGGCCAGACGGUGGUCAACCCCUGGAUCAUCAUCGGGGGGGUGGCCUCCGUCGUCUGCCAGCCCAACGAGUUCAUCAUGCCCGACGGCGCCGUGCCGGGUGACGUUCUGGUUCUGACCAAACCUCUGGGGACCCAAGUGGCUGUGAACGCUCACCAGUGGCUGGAUCAGCCUGAGAGGUGGAACAAAAUCAAGCUCGUCGUCACGAAGGAGGAAGUCAAAGAGGCCUAUCAGGAAGCCAUGUUCUCCAUGGCAACGCUAAACCGAACAGCCGCCGGCCUCAUGCACAAGUUCCAGGCGCACGCGGCCACGGACGUGACGGGCUUCGGGCUGCUGGGCCACGCCUCCAACCUGGCAACGCAGCAGCGCGGGGAGGUUGCCUUCGUCAUCCACAACCUGCCCGUCAUCGCCAAGAUGGCCGCCGUCAGCAAGGCCUGCGGGAGCCUGUUCAACCUGCUGCAGGGGACCUCGGCCGAGACCUCAGGAGGGCUGCUGGUCUGUUUGCCCAGAGAGCAGGCCGCCAAGUUCUGCUCUGAGAUGAAGAGCCACGGCUCGGCGGGGUCGGGGGGGCAUGGCGCCCCCGGUGGCGGCGCCUGGAUCAUCGGCAUCUCCGGUCAGAGGCCGCGCCACAUAGACAUGAACCACUACGCCACGAAGAAGAGCGCGGCCCAGAGCAUGCUGGACGUGGCCCUGCUGAUGGCCAACUCCUCCCAGCUGAAGACCAUCCUGUACGUGGGGCCGCAGUACCGCUUCUACGUGCCCCUCAUCGUGCUGCUGGCGCUCUCCAUCACGCUGCAGGUCAUCGUGGGGCUGCUGCUCAACGGCGUGGGGCUCGGGGCUGGUGCAGCUGUUCUCCUGGCUGUUCUGGCUCCCCCGCGGCGGGACCUCGAUGAUGCGCGGCUUCUCGAUGAUUCGCGCGCGCCGGGCGACCGGCGGGCGCGAAUCAUCGAGAAGCCGCGCAUCAUCGAAGUACCACCGCGGGGGAGCCAGAACAGCCAGGAGAACAGCUGCACCAGCCCCGAGCCCCACGCCGUUCUGUCAUAG